UCAAGAUGGCGGCCUUUUGGAUCACAAUUCUUGUCUUUUUUUACUUUUCUUCUUUUUCUUUUGCCUCUAAAGAUGAAUUUCACGAAGAACUUCUGAUUAAACCUUUACCAACAGGUCAUGUUUAUACRUACUUUCAGUUCACAACGUUAUGGGACGUGGAUAUCAAGGACCACGAAGCAUUUUCCCAUUUCAACCUGUUCCCAAGAUCAUUUGGUCAAAUAGUAGACAAAUAUUCUGUAGAGGAACUGCAUCUUAGUUUGACUCAAGGGCACUGGAAAAAUGAUUUGUGGGGCUACCCUGUUACGUCAGCUCCACCAGGGGCAGAGCUAUGGGUGUGGUUCCAGAAUCGAGUCAAAGACAGGGUUGAUGAAAAUUGGUCUGGUCUGACUCAAGCUCUAGCAGGACAGUUUUGUGCCUCUCUCAACUUUAUUGACAGCAAGACGUCAACCUCUCCUAGAAUGUCAUUCAGGAGAGAGGGUGUGGCUUCUUCAGGGAGCAAUAACUCUUCUUUAUUGAGAUAUUCUACUCUUGGAAGAGAGAUUGUGUGUACAGAGAACCUGACUCCAUGGAAAAAGCUUCUACCAUGUGAUUCAAAGGCUGGUAUAUCCACACUUUUCAAUGGACUUUUAAUGUAUUCAGUCAACUAUCACUCUAUGGGUAUUCAUCUGCGACCAGUAUGUAAGGAUUCAUCUUGUCAAAGCUAUACCUUGGAGUUGAAACAAACUAUUUCUAUCGUGUUUGACCCAUUGCUGCGUAGCAAGCAUUAUGAUUGGUCCUUGAGGAAGUUAUUUGGCCGUGUUAUCAAAUCCCAAUGUCCACUGUCUUCAUCUAGCAGAGUUUUUGUGGAUAUCACUAGCAAUAAUACUGGGUCUAAAUUUGUUCUGAAGCCUUCACCUACAGAUAAAAUCAAGAAACAAGUAAUAGAUGGAAAAUACCAAGAGUUUGCUGUGUACCAUCUCAGAGAUUUAGUUCCUCCCUCUAAUGCUGAAGGCAAUAUUGUAUUCAAAUGGAAGGAAAAACCACAACAAGUUCUUCCACCUCAACUCCAUGCUCAUCAGUUUAUUACAGGAUAUGGUGAGGAACGAGGGGGAGUGAAGUGUCUGAUACACAAUAGCCAUCCCACAAAGCCGUUACCUAUUGUCUACUUUGCUACCUUCCAUUGGUUUGUCAGGAUAUUUGUACACACUCUGAAGAUUGAAGCAAAAGGGAAAAUCAUUAAACCAGAUCAAGUCCACAUUGUGCCUGCAAAGGACAGAGAAAGACCAUACAUGCUGGAGCUAUUCUUCACAAUGCCUGCUGCGUCAGUGGCCAAAUUGAGCAUGCAGUUUGAACGAGGAUUUCUAAAGUGGACUGAACACCCUCCUGAUGCACAUCAUGGCUUCUACAUCAGUUCUGCAGUGAUCUCAGCUAGGCUCAGCAGCUCAAGUAACACCACUGCUAGCUCUCUGCAUUCAACACUUUUGUUUCCUACUAGGUCACCUACAAACACAGAGGGGAGUAACAACUUUGUCCGUGUGCACACAGAGACCCUACUUCUCAAUCUACCAACACCAGACUUCAGUAUGCCAUACAAUGUCAUCUGCUUGGCCUGUACAGUGGUUGCUAUUGCAUUUGGUUCAUUCCAUAAUCUCUGUACCAGAAGGUUUGAAGAUGUUGACCCCAAAACUGCCAAUAAAAACAUUUUGAGCAAAUUGAAGGAAAAAGCAAGAAAUAUAAAAGACAAGAUUUUUGGAAGGAAAAAGACUCCUGUAUCUGAAGAAAAAAAUAAAAGUUGAAAAUAAUAUAAAUUAUGGUAAGCUACAAAAUUUGGACAAAGGUAAAGGAAGGAAAACAACAUGAAAAAGAUGUUAAGGUGCACUGGAAGAAAUAUUGAAGAAUUUUGUGCCAUCUGAAAAGUGAUAAAAGAAAAGGAAAAAGAAAGGAAGGACUGUAAAAUUGUGUUUGAAGAAAGUGAAGAAUUUUGGGCCAUCUGAAAAGUGUUUUACAGAUAAAAGAAAAGGAAAGAGGAAGGAAAUACCAAGAAAAAGACUAAAAUUGUGUUGGAAGAAAGUAAAGAAUUUUGGAUCAUCUGAAAAGUAUAAGGAUGUGUGGUGUUUAAAAUAAAGCUGAAGCGAGAUCCACACAGUAAAUGAAAUGCAACACUGGGCAAUACUGGUAGCCUGAAAGGAGGAACUUACAAGUGCUUGUACAAGUAUGCAGAACUGGAGACGACAACAGUAGAAUGAAUGAAAAACAUAUAACUAUGGACAAAAUAAUCUUAUUCUCAAGAUAAUGUGGUCUGAAAAGAAAAAAAACUGUGCUCAAUCAAGUAGACAGUCCUCUUCCCCUCCUCUAAGGUGCCGCUAUGCAGACUAGUGCUCAAGACAAAGAGGUCACAUGCAAACAUACCAGGAAGUUACAACUUGAAGGUUUUCAAAAAUGAUUUUACAAGGCUUUUUUUAAGAGAUAGGAAAAAGAAGCAAAGUUUUACAAGAUAAUCAAUUUAAAUGUUUUCUAAGCUGGUGUUGAAUAUUUGAUUUUAAAAAAGCUGCAUUCAAGAUUGGAUUAUACAAUUAAUUUAAAAGAUCUCAUUUCUGUGAAAAAUUACAUAACAUAACUUGGAAAAGGCCCAUACAAAAUGUGCUGUUAUCAACAAGUGCUAUUACCAGGGUAUUUACAGUUAUAAAGGUGAAAUUCCAAUAUCCUCAGUCUAAUAAUAUUGUUGGUUCAUAAUAUUAUUAUAAUAUCUUGUUGUACAAGUGGUUUGGUCAUGUUGUGUUUGUUGAGUCAAGUGACAUCAGUAACGCUGCUUGUAACAUCUCAUCUUCUGUCAUUUCUAAAAAAUAAAUUUACUUUGACUGAGUAUUAACUUUUUAGAAUGAAAUAUGUUUCCCACAUACCAACCACUUACUAACACCUUACCGACACCUUAACAACCACUUAAAAACACCUUAACAACCACUUAACACCUUACCAACCAUUUACUAACACCUAACCAAAAAUUUAACACCUUACCAACCACUUAAAAACACCUUACCAACCACUUAACAACAAAUUACCAACCACUUAACACCUUAGCAACUAUUUAACAACCACUUAACAACACCUUACCAACCACUAAACAACACCUUACCAACCACUUAACAACACCUUACCAACCACUAAACAACACCUUACCAACCACUUAAAGACACCUUAACAACACCUUAGCAACUAUUUAACAACCACUUAACAACACCUUACCAACCACUUAACAACACCUUACCAACCACUUAACAACACCUUACCAACCACUUAACAACACCUUACCAACCACUUAGCUAUUAUCAAAAGGUGAACUCACCUGACAUUGGUUCGUCUGUAGUCGUACUAGGAGUUUCACCCUUUGUAGGUUGUGUAGAUUGGCUUGUAUCUUGGGAUGUUUCAGAUUUAUCUCUACUUGUACUGGUUCCUGCUUCUUGAUCUACUUGCAAUCUGUAUGUGCACCCCAAAAACAGUUGUCAAACAUUUUCGUCCUUUUUUAGGAAAAGGUUAAGGAUGAGACAAUAUUUUUUAACACUCACUUUGCAAAGUAUUUUUCUCUUCUUUUUCUAACUUCAUCAAUGUCUACUGGUUUCCCUCCUAAAAAGAAAAUACAACUCAUUAAAUAAUUAUAAUUGAA